UUAGCAGUAAUGUGGAGAAGAGCAGUGUUUGAUCUGGAUGUGCUCAAGCUCCCAGCACUGCCUUCACAUGCCCAGUCAACAGAGGAGGAGACACACAAACCUUCUGACAGCACACUGGAGCACACUGAAACGCUCUUACAAAGCACUGCCAUUCAUCUGCUGAAGAGGACACUACCUGAACCAGGAUCAGACAAACAAUGGAGCAGAGAUCGGACAGUCUGGUGUCAGCAGACUCUGAACUGGCUCAGUGUGAGACGGAGGUCAACACUUUACUGAAGAUCAUUUCUGACCUCAACAGAAAGAUGGACUCCCUACAAAUACCACGAGAGAUGAAAACGCCUGAGAGUCCAGUCCGGGUCAGUGGGUGCGUCCCGCAGCAGGGCCUGAGCCUCACGGUGGUGGACGCUGGCACAGCAUCAGUGGAGUCCAAGACCAAGAACGCCUGCAGGGACUCAGAAGGGGGCAGCAGUGAGCUUUGGAUGGAGCUGCAGAAGGUUCUCUCUGCUCUUGAGGCCUCUAGUGGUCAGGGGAGGAACAUGCUCAGGCUGCAGACUCAGAAUGCUGAGACAAUCCGGGCAGAGCAUCUCUCUGCAGCCCGGGAGAGCUGGGUUCAGGCCACACAGGUGCUGGAAGAGAUGGAGAGGGAUUUGGGGAUCUCAUACCCCUCUGCUCUGCCCCCUGACGAGAGACGUCAAUAUCAGCGGGAUGUUCUUUCACUGUAUAAACACAACCAAGACCUCAACGCCUCCUUGAAGAGCCGACAGGAAGAGCUUGUGGGUGCUGAAAGAAUGCUGAUGGAUCUUGAGGAUGAGAAAAAGUGGCUACAGGAAAAGGUAGUGGACCUGAAGAGGAAAUGGCUGUAUGGAGUGAGUCGUUCUCCUCCUGUUAGUCCAUCAUUGUCCUCCAGUCGAACGUCGAGCCCUUGCUUUUCCACUCCUCCAUAUCCUGGAUCCCCUCUGCUGUCCCGCAAACUACCCGGCUCCAGGCCAGACUCCCCUUCGUCUUCCUGUACCGUUGACUCUGUGCUUCAGGCUGAGAUCGAAAAGCUGCAGAGGACUCUGGACAGACUGAAAGCUCGAAAUGAGCGUCUGAAUGCCGCACUGGUCAGAAGGAAAGGAGAAUCGGAGCAGCUGAGCAUGAGUCUUAGCCGACAGGAGGCAGACAGCUCGGCUCUACACAUGGCUCUGGCAUACUGUGAGGAGUGCGAGGAGGCUUACAGUGACCUGCUGUCCCUGUGCGAGUCCAGAAAACAACAGAACACAGGAACAAUUAGCACACCUCAGUCUGACCUCUCAAAUUCAACAGAUGAGAACUCGGACAAAGGCGACUCAUUCUCCAGUUCACCAGAGGGCACUGCUGAGACCAAACCAAACAGCUUGUCGGAGCAGGAGUUUAAGGACAAGGCUGGUGUACUUGUGCAAAGGAUCUCCAGGCUGAAGCAGGACAGGGCCACUGUUUGUAUCCCGCAGCGGGGCGAAGCAGGAGAGGGCAUGAUCAGUCCCGACACUGGCACGCUCGCAGGGGUCAGAGGUCGCACCAGUUCACUUUCCAGAAACACCAAAGAGGAGAAAGCGGCUCUACUGUAUGAGCUGGUGACAGUCAGGGAGGAGAUGUCAGAGAUGCGUGGGAAUCUCCGGCUAUUGGAGAAGGAGAGGCGGUGUUUGGACCUGGCGCUGAUGGUCCAGAGUGCCCAGGAUUCUGCUGGUGCUCUGAUCCUGGACAGUCUGCGAGAUGAGCUGGCCGAGAGGAGAGCCACUCAACAGAGAAUUGCUGAAAAUAUGGCAAAACUAGAAGGCGGAGGGGGAAUUCCUGGUCCUCGGAAUCACUCUAUCCUAAGAGAACUACAAGCAGCAAUGCAAAGGGAACAGUCACUGAGGAAGAGAGUGGCGGCUUUACGUGAGUCACUGGACUCUGCACUCACAGACAGCACCACUCAGAGAAGGAUCAACAGAGAGGAGCUUGCACGUCUCUCCCGCUAUUACAAUAAAGUGUCAAGCACCUACAGAAGUUCUCGAAAGAAGCACAAGGAGCAGCUGUGGCGACUGGAGAAGCAAAUCGCAGUCAUGAGCGAACGUCAUGCUAAAGAAGAGGCCGAGCUAAGUGCUACACUGGAAGCUAUGGAGUGGAGGAGAGAGGAGACCAUACUCUAAAAGGCUCAACAGCACAGUCCUUAGGGACAUUUCAUUGACAGAUGUUUCUGAAAGCUAAUGCUAGGUUGAUUUUGAGUGAGGGAUUGGGUGAGUACUGGUUUAGAAACACUUACAGUUUAUUGACCUACAACAAUGAAAUUGCUGUGAAGGAUGCAUUUAUUUGGCAAUAAGGUAAUUGGUAUGGAUCCAACAUCUCAAAAGUUUUGUUACUGACCCGAUUUUACAUUUAUUUUGUACAAACAUUUUUUGACAGAUUGCUGUGAAGAUAGACAAGUAGGUAUUGGGACAGGUCAGCUUUUUCUAGGCAACAAAUAUAGCUCUAUAUCUUAUUGUGAGUAUACAGUAUUUUGAAAAUAUUUGCUUUUAAGUAUUAUUCAUUUUUUUAGGUGUACAGCUAUGUGUAUAUGUCAGUUGCAAGCACAUUUUGUUUAUACAAGCUGUUUUUUUACAUAAUGAAUAAAACAGAUCUUAUUACAGUUUUGAUGUUGUUUAAAAACUAUUCUAAAACUGUUUCAAAAACCUUAUCCAUUAAAUGACAAAUUACUGGAAAAGCCAUAUAAAUUAACUGAUUAAAAGAGUGGCAACCCAAAAGAAUAUGAAAACUACCAACACUUCUGGAAUCCUGAAAUGUGAUGAAAUUUAUUAGAAUUAUUUUAGCAUUUUUUACUUAAAAAAAUACUAAAAAUACUUUACUUAUUUCUUACAAAACCUAGGAUUGGAUCAAAAUAAUAUAUUAAAAUAAGUUUUGAAAACAAAACUAGGGCUAUGAAGCCUCGAAUAGUAUUUUUAUAGUAAAAAUUACAAAGAAAAAUACUAAAAAUACUAAUUUUCUACAAAAACUGAGAUUGCAUCAAAAUAAUGUUUUAAAAUAAGGUUUGAAAACAAAACUAGGACUAUGAAGCCUCGAAUAGUGUUUUUGUACUCAAAAUCACUAAAAAUACUUCAUUAAAUACUUCAUUAAUUUUCUGUAAAAACUGGGAUUACAUCAAAAUAAUAUAUAAAGAUAAGUUUUGAAAACAAAACUAAGGCUACGACACCUCAAAUAGUAUUUUUAUAGUAAAAAUUACAAAGAAAAAUACUAAAAAUACUUUACUAAUUUUGUAUAGAAAACUGGGAUUGCAUCUAAAUAAUAUAUAAAAAUAUAUUUUGAAAACAAAACUAGGGCUAUGAAACCUCAGAUAGUAUUUUUAUACUAAUAAUGACAAAAAAUUACUAAAAAUAGGAUUGGAUCAAAAUAAUAUAUUAAAAUAAGUUUUGAAAACAAAACUAGCGCUACAAAGCUUCAAAUGGUAUUUUUUAAAACUAAAAAUGACAACAAAAAAAACUAAAAAUACUUUAGUAAUUUUCUACAAAACUAGGACUGGAUCAAAAUAAUAUAUUAAAAUAAGUUUUGAAAACAAAACUAGGGCUACAAAGCUUCAAAUGGUAUUUUUUAAAACUAAAAAUGACAACAAAAAAAAUAAAAAUACUUUAGUAAUUUUCUACAAAACUAGGACUGGAUCAAAAUGAUAUAUUAAAAUAAGUUUUGAAAACAAAACUAAGGCUACGAAACCUCAAAUAGUAUUUUUAUUGUAUAAAUUACAAAGAAAAAUACUAAUAAUACUUUACUAAUUUUCUACAAAAACUGGGAUUGCAUCAAAAUAAUAUAUAAAAAUAUGUUUUGAAAACAAAACUAGGGCUACAAAACCUCAAAUAGUAUUUUUGUACUAAAAAUUACUAAAGUAACUACUUCAGUAAUUUUCUAAAAAACUAGGAUUGGAUCAAAAUAAUAUAUUAAAAUAAGCUCUGAAAACAAAACUAGGGCUACAAAGCCUCAAAUAGUAUUUUAAUACUAAAAAUGACAACAAAAAAAAAAACUAAAAAUACUUUACUAAUUUUCUACAAAACUAGGACUGGAUCAAAAUACU